GUUCCUCGGACACAGCGGAUCACCGAUCACGGAAAGAGCAGAAGAUGUCAGCUCAGUCAUGUGAUCAGCUGUGUCCAAUCACAGCUGAUCACUGAUCAUCAGGGCACUGAUGAUCAGUGUGCCCUGAUGAUCAGUGCAGCCCCAGCAGUGCCACCUGUCAGUGUCCAUCAGUGCCUUAUGUCAGUGCUCAUCCAUGCCACCUGCCAGUGCCCAUCAGUGCCACAUCAAUGCCACAUAUCAGUGCCUACCAGUGCACAUCAAUGCCACAUAUCAGUGCCCAUCUGAGCUGCCUUUCAGUGUCACCCACCAGUGCCAGUCAGUGCCGCCUAUCAGUGCUGCCAAUCAGUGUCACCUAUCAGUGCCAGUCAGUGCCGCAUAUCAGUGCUAGUCAGUG